AUGUUCCAAUCCAAGAAUGACGAAACCGUCACCAAUGUCAGUGAUUCGGAGAGAGCCCACGUAUAUAACGGCCAGGGCACGAUAGAAGAUCCUUUUGUGGUUGAGUUCCAGAAGGAUGACCCGGGAAACCCAAUGAACUGGUCUUCAUUGAGAAAGUGGUUCAUUACUUCUAUUGUGACCUGGUCCGUUUUCGCAGUUACCUUCGCAUCGUCGGCAUAUUCUGAGUCAUCGGGAGAAGUUAUUGAUGACUUCAAUGUUAGUACUGAGGUAUUCAUAGUUGGUGUUUCGAUAUUCGUGCUCGGAUUUGCAAUUGGCCCAGCGGUAUGGGGUCCUCUGGUAAGCAUCAGUUCAAGCACUUUUCUUCCGCUGUUAUCCGAACUCUAUGGGCGUCGAAUUCUCUGGAUCAUCUCCCACAUCGCCAUGGUAGCUUUCAUCGGCGGCUCCGCUGGCAGCUACAAUAUUACUACUCUCCUCGUGUUACGCUUCUUUGCCGGUACUUUUGGGGGAUCCCCCCUUGUCAACUCGGGCGGUACAAUCGCGGAUCUCUUCCCUCCCGCUCAGAGAGGUCUUGCACUAACGCUUUAUUGCGUCGCGCCCUUUCUUGGUCCAGUACUUGGUCCCGUUGUAGGUGGCUUCGUUUCUGAAAACAGUGGAUGGCGGUGGGUACAAGGAUUGUGUUGUAUCCUCGUGGGAGUGAUAGGCAUUCUCGGGGCGAUAUUCAUCCCUGAGACAUAUGGCCCUGUUCUGCUAAUUAAGAGAUCUGCUCACCUGUCCCGCAUUGAUGGCAAGGUGUACAUCAGCGUUCUGGAAAUAAAGCAGGGUAAGAAGCAGCCAUCGAAAAUUUUCAAGAAAGCUUUGAUACGCCCAUGGGUAUUUCUCUUUCGAGAGCCUAUCGUGUUUGUCGGUUCGCUAUAUAUAGCUAUCAUCUACGGGACGGUCUAUAUCUUCAUGAGUGCCAUGCCCAUCGUCUAUAACGAGUACCGUGGUUGGAGCGAGGGCAUUGGAGGGCUUGCAUUCAUGGGAAUCGCUGUUGGUCUUCUUCUGGGAUUGGUCUACGCCGUCUACGACAACUAUGCACGUUAUAUGAAACUAGUUUCGACCCAAUCGGCAACCCCAGAAUCACGCUUACCACCAGCUAUAGUCGGUGCCAUUGCUCUUCCAUUUGGGAUGUUUGCUUUUGCUUGGACAAAUUAUCCCCAUGUUCACUGGGCUGUUAGCAUCAUCCUGUCAACGCCAUUUGGUUUUGGAUGUGUUCUCGUCAUCCUGCCGGUGCUCAAUUACCUUAUAGAUUCAUACACCAUAUACGCAGCUUCAGUUCUUGCAGCAGCAGCUAUAUUCCGCUCCAUCGUUGGUGCCGUGUUCCCGUUAUUCACUAACCAGAUGUACCAUAAUAUUGGAAUCCAUUGGGCAUCCUCAGUGCCGGGUUUCCUGACCCUUGCUUGCAUGCCCUUCCCGUUUAUCAUGUAUCGUUACGGCAGACAAGUACGGAUGAAAUGCAAGUACGCCUCAGAAGCUGCUGAAACCAUGAAGCGGAUGCAGAUGCAGCAAGAGCCGGAAUCUCAAAGGACAGAUACAUAUAACUCCAGCAGUGAAUAA